GGUGCGAUAGAGUAGCCUAUCUUGGAGAGAAGACAGUCAGUAUCCUAUAGACAACAUAGAAUAGAAGAUACGUAUCCUCAUCUCACAAAACCUAGUCUAAAUUACCGUUUGGCAUAAAAUAUGUCGAAAACCGUUGGCGAUACAUUAAUUGGUGUCCUUGAUGACUUGGAAGAGGCUGAAUUGAAGAGGUUCAGACGUAAACUCUGUGACCGCAAGCAGGAACCAAAAGUUCGCAAGGGUAAUGUUGAGAACGCGGACCCAGUGGAUUUGGUAGACCUUCUGACCCGUACUUUCACUGAAGACGGGGCUCUGAAUGUGGCUAUAGAGGUCUUGGGUGCAAUUAACUGCCAGAAUGUCGCAGAGGAACUGCUAGAAUUCAAGAAAUCUCAAGGAUCUUGCGUAACAUCGGGUGCUGCAAUGGCAAGUGCACCUGGACCAAAGAACAUGAUCAAAGACAAACACUUUGUGGACCAUCACCGGACGGCCCUGAUCGACAGAGUGACCCAGGUGGAACCCAUCUUGGAUAGACUCCUGGAGAAGGAAAUCAUCACCGCAAAUGCCUACAGUGACGUGAGGGCUGAAAAAACCAACCAGAAAAGAAUGAGGGAGCUCUUCGAUGGCCCUUUGAAAGCAUGUGGGACCAAAGGCAAAGAUAUAUUCUUAGAUAUCCUGAUAGCUCUGGAGCCAUGGCUAAUCAUUGACCUGAAAGGGGAAUAAUGGCCAUUUCAGAUUUUUUUAAAGGCAAGGAACAAGAAUUUGAUGAUAAUAAUGCACACUGUUUUACAGUAUAUUCUUAAAUUGGAAAAAUGAAUUGUCUCCAAAAUUUGCAAUAAAUGACAGAAUGUUCUAUU